AUGAAUAUCAAGUAUUUGGUUGAACAAGAAUCAAUAAGCUCUCAUCGUGAUAUGGAAAUAUUGUGUCCGAAGGAUAAAAAAGAAGAUAAGGAGAUGAAAAGUCAGUCAAAUAUAUUGAUAACGAAUAUCAAGCAAGAUGAUCACAUCAGUUUCCUUCUUAGAUUACAUACUGCGCACUGCGGAAAAAAUUCUUUAAGAUCAAAAAAAGCUUACUAUUCUUUGACGGUAACAGGAAAAAAGUUUGUCAGGCUCCAAACCACAUCAAUCUUCUUCACGGUAAUCGAUAUUAAUGGUAGUGGGUAA